AUGUCGAUAUCAAUAAUAAGUGAUAUCCGUAUCGCCGUAGACGACAUAUGUAAAGACGUCAUCAUUUCCUCAGUCAAAGUUCAGAACAGCCCCUCUUUCUGGCCCUCCCUUCCCAACUCUCAGUGUGGGGGGGUCAGACAGUCACCGAUCAACAUUGAUACUAACCAGCUGACCUUUGACCCCAGUCUCCGCAACCUCACCUUCAGUGACAUCACUAAUCCACACAGCAUCAAGUUCCUCACCAACAAUGGACACACAGUGAGCUGUGUGUUAGAGGGCCUGAUGGAGGUGAGAGGAGGGGGGCUCCCUCAUGGCUACACGGCCGUCAUGAUGCAUUUCCACUGGGGAGGCGACUCACUGUGCCACCCAGGCUCUGAGCACACAGUGGAUUCAGUCAGAUACCCCAUGGAGAUCCACCUUGUGACACUGAAGGAAGGCUUGACAAUGGAGCAGGCUAAGACUGACCCGGAGAGGAUAGCAGUGUUUGGAUUCUUCAUAGAUGUGACAGGCGACCAAUGGCAUGUGGAAUCCUGGAGGACUUUGACAUCAUAUCUGCUGAAUAUAACAGAGAAGGGUUCAUCAGUUGACAUAGUGCAGCCACUAUCCAUCAGUGAUCUGCUAGGAAGUGUGGACCUCACCAAGUUCUACCGCUACCAGGGUUCUCUGACCACCCCCACCUGCGAUGAAGUGGUGGUAUGGACCGUGUUCGAAGAGCCAAUCAAGUUACGGAGAGAUAUAGUGGAGCGGUUUCCUAAAACCCUGAAGUACAGAAACAUCUACCGGCCAGUGCAGCGCCUCAACGGGCGUCCCGUCUACGCUUCCCCCGGGGUGUCAGUGUCCCCACUGGGCCGCGUUAGCAGCGGCCAGACUUCCAGCAGAGGGGCUCUCUCGCCCAGCCUAUUACUACUGCUACUACUGGGCUGGGGGUGAGGCUGGACGCCCAGGGGAGGGGAGGUAUGCAGAAAUAACGGGUGGAGGGAAAGCAGGAGGAAAAAAGAAGAGGGUGGGGAAACUAAGUGUUUGAUACUCAAGGGGUCAUCAAUUUCAGCCAAUUUCUGUCAAUAAUAAAUGUGCUGUAUGUUCCCU